AUGGCUAACUUUAAUAUGAACACGAUGACCUCUUAUUCUCAUCUUCUCGGUUCAUCAACAAAAAUCCUUAUGUUGAUUCCAAAAUACUAUGAUCAAUGGGUUCAUCAUAUGGAAGACUAUCUGAAUGGAAUCGACGAAGAUCUAUGGAAAUGCAUCAUUGGUAAAGUCCAUUCUCUGACUAUGUUACAAAAUGUUGGAACUGUUGCUGCAAGUAAAGAUGUUGCUCAACAAGCUGAAAAACAAAAGAAAAACGAGAAAAGAUGUAUGCGCGAACUCCGUGGUGCUCUUCCUCCAGUUGUUUACAACUAUUUGCAUAGCUGCAAGACAUCAAAAGAAAUUUGGGACAUAUUGAAGGAAAAGUACCAAGGGAGUGAGAAGACUAAGAUAAGUUAUGUUAAGCAAUAUCUGCUUGAAUUAGGAGAAUUCAAGCAGAAAGAAGGUGAAUCAAUUAAGAUGUAUUACGAUCAUCUGAAUGAAAUAAUCUACAAGUGCAACAAAUAUGGAGUCAUCAGGUCAAUAAUGGAGUUCAACCUGACUUUCAUCAUGGGACUUCGUAAGGAAUGGCGUAAUGUCAGCUUGAUGAUAAAAAAUCAACAAAGUUUUGACUACUUUUUUCUAAGUGAUCUUUACAAUGUGUUGAAGGCGCAUGAAAAUGAAGUAAAUGAGAUUGUUGAGGAAACGAGGAAUAGUUUGGGUGGUCCUCUGGCGCUGAUGUCGAAUGUGGCAAGUAAAGAAGUUGAGAAAGAAACAUUUGAAAAUGAGGGUUCGGAUGAUGAAGGUUUGAUCGUUAAUUCUGAAGAUGAAGCAGUGGAUUUUUACUCGAACAACCGAGUGAAGAAAUUCUUCAAAAAUCCAUUUAAUUCGAAGUCAAGAGCAAGUGAGAUGAAAGGAAAUUCUUCUAGGAAGAAUGUGAAUGAUGAGAAGAGAAUUGGGAAAAUGGAAGUGAAGACUGAGGAAGCGAAGAUAGAGAAGAAGAAGCUCAAAGGAGAUUCAGGGUUCAACUGCGAUUAUUGCAAUGGUGUGAACCACAUGGCUAGUGAGUGCAUGCUCAAGAAGAGAGAUGAGAAAAAGAGUAAAGUCAAGGAUGAAUCCUACUAUGUAGAGAGGCUUGAAGAAGUAAGAGCGAAAACUAAAGGAAUGUCUUUGGUUGUGAAGGGAAUUGAUGAUGAGGAAGCGACGUAUCAAUCUGGUCUUUAG